UGGAUGAGUGUUUGCUAUUGCAUACACUGUUUGUCAUUUGAGAUUCUGUCUUGCUCAGGUAUUGUGUGCAUUACAUUUUAUAAUUUGUUUGUGUAUUGUGUAGCAGAUCAUCGUUGAAUAUUGUUUUUUUUGCUGAGAACAAAAUUGAAUAUUCAAGAAAAAAACAAUGAGAAAAAUACCAACCGAUACUUGGGUGGAUAUCGAAUUAUUUCAAAAUGAUUUAAAAGAUAUCGAUCAAGAAUUUAUUCAAAGCGUCGUUUCUAUUUUUAAAAUAACCCAAUUUUUCGAAGAAAUUGGUUUUCUAUGCAUCACCAACGAUAAAACUUAUGCUUAUGGUGAAGCAAUAUGCGAAUGGCUAUCGUUACAACAUGAUCCAAAACGACCACAACAGAUUGACAUUUUGAAUGACAAGAAAAUUAUUCAAGUCGAAUCCGGCAAUGGAUUUGUUGCAGUUCUAACUGAUGAUGGACUAGUGUAUCUAGCCAGUGGUAAUUCUGAAUGGCAAACGAACAAUACUUUUCGAUUGAUCUCUACCGGUAAUGAUCGUUUUGAAAUGAUAGCAUGUGGUUGUCUUCAUUUUUUGUUGUUGUUACGACAAGAUGGCACUGUUUUUGCUUUGGGUGAUAAUAGAUAUGGUCAAUUGACUGGUAAUUCAGAUUCAUCGUAUGAUACUGUCGUGAACACUGGUUUGAAUAAUGUCAAAAUAAUAGCUUGUGGAAGUGAACAUAUCCUUGCUCUCACCAAUACGAAUGAAAUUUAUUCCUGGGGCCGGAAUGAGGAUGGACAGUUAGGUCUAGGCGAUACAGAUGACCGAAGAAUACCAUCAUUGCUUUCAUUUCCUGAUGGUUCAAUUAAUAGCCAAAUCAAAAAUAUUGUGGCCGGUGAAUGGCAUUCUUUAUUUUUAUUGGAGGAUGGUCAAAUUUUUGGAUGUGGUCAUGGUCAACGCAAUAUUAAUGAUGAUGAGGAAGAUGCAAAAGUGCCGACAAAAAUUCCAAUUGAAAAUGAUGGUCAAAUUUUUGGGUGUGGUUAUGGUCAACGCCCUAUUAAUGAUAAUGAACAAGAUGCAAAAGUGCCGACAAAAAUACCCAUUGAAAUUGUGCAAAGUGUGGCUUCAUCAGCAAUAGUAAAUAAAUCACCAAUGACUUUUGGCCUAACAUCAACCAUCGAAACAUACGAAUCACAUGUUACAAUAUCAAAUAUUGUAUUAUUCAAUAAUCCGGAUAAUUAUGAUGUUGAAUUUGUUAUCGAUGACAAACGUAUAUUGGCUUCAAAAUGUUACCUAAAAAUGGCAUCAAAAUAUUACAGUCGAAUGUUUUCUGGUGAUUGGAAGAAUACUGAUAGUGUAGUCAUUAAUGAUUAUGGAUAUGAUACAUAUUAUUCAUAUCUGC